CGGCGGCGGUGCGGGAGGGAUGGCGGCGGGCGGCGGCGGGGGGCGACCGCCGGGCCCCGACCCCGCGCUGGAGCCCUACGUGCAGACCCGCAUCUUCAAAAUCAUCGUGAUCGGAGACUCCAACGUGGGCAAGACGUGCCUGACCUUCCGCUUCUGCGGGGGCACCUUCCCCGGCAAGACCGAGGCCACCAUCGGCGUGGACUUCCGCGAGAAGACGGUGGAGAUCGAGGGGGAGCGCAUCAAGGUGCAGGUGUGGGACACGGCUGGCCAGGAGAGGUUUCGGAAGAGCAUGGUGGAGCACUACUACCGCAACGUGCACGCCGUGGUCUUCGUGUACGACGUGACCAAGAUGAGCUCCUUCACCAACCUCAAGACGUGGAUCGAGGAGUGCAACGGGCACGCCGUGCCCCCGCUCGUCCCCAGGGUGCUCGUGGGGAACAAGUGUGACUUGAAAGACCUGAUCCAGGUGCCAUCCAGCCUGGCCCUCAAGUUCGCCGACGCUCACAACAUGCUUUUGUUUGAGACCUCGGCCAAGGACCCGCAGGAGAGCCAGAACGUGGACGCGAUUUUCAUGUGCCUGGUGUGCCGGCUGAAGGCGCAGCGCUCGCUGCCCUGCCGGGACACGGAGGGCUGGCCGGCGCAGCCCCAGCCGCAGCCCCGGCGGCAGGAGGAGGCCGGCGGGAGAGGCUCCUGCCCGUGCUGA